AUGGCCGCCACACACAACCCAGGAGCUGGUGGGCGACCGUUUUUCCAAAUACCUGAGGAGCAGACUCCUCAAACUGAGAAUUAUCCCCGGAGGCUUGGGAAACAACCAAUGAAAGAUCACAGCCCAGACGAGGGGAGUGCAUCAUCUGAUUCUAGGGGACUGCCUGCUCCCAGGCCCGAUGAGGACAUCUAUUAUAAUCCUGAGAGGUACAUUCCCAUUAUGGAACUGGAGAAUCGCCAACUGCACCAACAAUUGGCAGAGGCCACACGACGCAAUGAAGAAUUGGCUAGGCAGGCCGCCGAGGUCCAGGCGCCACCCCAGAGGCCAAGAGGGCGUCCUCGCGAGAGCACAACUGCCAGGAGGGCCGAACAAGGGGCCCAGCAGACCCAGCCAAGGCCCAAGGCAAACAUGGGCAACGAUCGCCCUGGGAGGAAUACUCAAGCUAAUAUUGUCGGUAAUCCGACAGCAGAGGUAACUAUAGGAAUAGGGAAUAACCGAGCUCCUCCAGCAGCUCGGAGCACUAACCCUGAAUCUAUCAAAAAUAACCUGAAACCAAUCCGGGCCAAUUCUGGACCUUCCAAGCCCAACAAUGGAAGGCCACCACCAUCGCCUAUAAGGCAUCCACUGCCUCUUAUAAGACACCCAUCACCACUCCGAGAGGCACCCAAGCCAACUCCUAAUAGGAACCGGGCAGGGGAGCAUGCACCACAAAGGCCAUCUCGAAGUGGUAGCCGAGAUGGGAACUGUCGAACUCAGCCAGGACAUGGGGGCGAGCGAGAGGCAACCCAAGGACAUAGGGUCUCCCAACCAGCAGGAAACCACAUGUUGAGAUCACAAAUGACUGGAGCAAUAGAGCCAGUGGAAGAUCCACCUCACAAUAAUCAAGCCCCUCAACCAGAACGAAAUGAUAGUUUUAUGAGUGGGAGUUUAGACCUCACCAUGUUUGUAAGCGUAUAUAAUACCAAACCCAAGAAUAUUGGGAAUUAUGAAAAUAAUCCUGAUCUUCGAGAUCACCUGAACUAG